AGUGAGCCGACAACUGGCGAGGUCAGCAGAAGCCAUGGUGAGACGGCGCAAGGUGAGCGAGGUCGAGUACCACGAGGAAGACGGCAUGGGAAGGUUGGGCAAAGACAAAGAUGAGGAGAAGCAGCUGGGAGGAGCAGACUCGCUGAUGGAGGUGGUGGUGGGCGACGGGCGUGCUUUCUGGCUCCUUGUGCUCCUCUACGCGGCCCAAGGUGCGCCGCUGGGCAUCACCAUGGGCUCGCUCUCGUUUCUGCUGAAGAAGUCGUUUUCGUUCUCAUCCAUGGGGCUCUUCUCCAUCGCCAUGUAUCCGUACUCGCUUAAGGUCCUCUGGGCUCCGCUGGUUGAUGCCUUCUUUGUCCCGGUUUUCGGCCGCCGCAAGACAUGGAUCGUGCCCAUGCAGACCAUCUCCGGCUUGAUCAUGAUCGCCCUCUCGUACUACACUCCGCUCAUUGUCCUUGUCGACGGUCCGCAUCCACACUCGGCCGAUUCGCUGGCGUCGCUUCCACCGGGCGCAGCAUCGAUGACCACGCUUGUUGCUGUCUUCUUUGUCCUGGUCGUCGUCACCGCCACACAGGAUAUUGCCGUCGACGGUUGGGCGCUCACCCGCCUCGCGCCGCGCAACCGGUCGUACGCCUCGACCUGCCAGUCGAUUGGGCUCAACAUCGGGUUCUUUGUCUCGUUCACCGUCUUUCUCGCCCUCCACUCGCCAGAGUUCUGCAACGCGUACCUGCGCUCCUCGCUCACCGCCGAUCCGCACUACGGGCUGUGGACCCUUUCGGGCUACCUGUUCUUUGUGGGCAUGGCAUACCUCGCCGUGACUGCGGUCCUGGUGCUCUUUGUCACCGAGGACGACGAUCCCGAGGGCGCAGCCAGUGUCGGGGCCUCAGGCAUGGCGGCAGCAAUGGACAUCUACCGGGUCUUCCUCGCCCUGGCCAAGUCGCGGAACUUCCUCCGCCUUGUCGCCGUUCUCCUCCUUGUCAAGAUCGGCUUUGUGGCCGACGAUGCCAUCACCCCGCUCAAGCUCAUGGAGGCAGGGUUCAAGACCGAGGACCUGGCUCUGGUCGCUGUCAUCGCCUUUCCCUUCUCGAUCGUCUUUGCCAUGCUUGCCGGCCGAUGGGCGUCGGGCCCGAAUCCGUUCCGCCUCUUUGUGGUUGCCUGGCUCGUCCGCAUUGGCUUGGUCUUUGUCGACGGUGCCGUCGUCGCCUACUAUCCGCUUCUCUCCCAGCCCGACGGCUCGGCUGGCACUGCGCUCUACGUUCUGGUCGUACUCCUCUCGCUUGUCUCCUCGCUGGCGUCGUCGUUCAUGUUUGUCGUCAUGUGCGGCUGGUUUGCCCGCAUCGCCGAUCCGCGAGUUGGCGGCACCAUCCUCACUGCCCUCAACACCCUCUCCAACCUCGGCGGAACGUGGCCCAAGCCCAUCGCCAUGGCCGGCGUCGACAUGCUCUCCAUCCCGGGCUUGGUCGAUGGCUACUACGUCGUCCUCUUUGGCUCUGCCCUCGCAGCCCUCGCAAUCUUCUUUGCCUUUCUCCGCCCGCAGCUCUACUCGCUCUCUGCCCUCUCGCCCGACAGCUGGCGUGUCAAUAUGUAG